CGUCCGGAAUCAUCCUAAGGCACCGAAAAAUUCGAAUCUCCUCAGAGACUUAAUUUUCCAUUUUUCCAUUUUUUAAGAUGGAGAAAAAACCAUUAAACUAGACAAGAAGCUCCCCUUGAGGGUUGCCCUCCUCGUCUUCCUCUCUGUUGUCGACGUGCGGGAGCCUUGACCUAAGCUGCUUUCAUGGUAGAGUUUCGGAGGAUUGUGGGUGAUUUUCUGCCUGGAAAAGGAACCAGCACUUGGUAUUAGCUCAGAUUCUUGUCCUUUUGGAGUUUGGUGGACAUGGAGGUUGCGUCCAGUUUCCUUCAGACUAGGGGAGUUGAUGAAAGAUGCUGUUUCAAUCCAUCUUCCACAUUGGGGACCUGGUUUCACGAGCGUGAGUUUGUUCGGAUUCGUGGUUGCCGGACGAAGUUCAAUUUUCGAGCAGUCAAAAGGGAAUUGAGCAUUUGUUGCUGGUUAGGUUCGAAGGGGUUGAUUGGGGGAACAGGAACUGGCUUUAGUAGGGCAAGACCAGCUAGGCUAAGCAAGGUUGUCACCUCCAGAGGUGCGCUUCUGCACUUUAUGCAAGGAAAUCUGAACUGUGUGCCUGAAUUGAAGGUUCCAGGGCGGAGGAGAAUGCACGUUGAUUGCGGACAUAAUGGCAAUGUGGUGGAUGAUUCUUUGUAUUAUGUUGAUUCGGCGGAGAAUUCAUUGGAAGAUGGCCGUGUGGAGUCAAGCAGCAGUUUGGUUAGUGGAGAAGGUCCAGCUACAAACAGCCAGUACUUGAAUACAUUGGGGGGAGUUGGUGAAGGCCAAACUAGUGUUUUGGGUAGUCCUGAUGCUUCCUCUAGCUCUUCUGAAGAGAUUCCAACUGAGGGAAAUCCUGCUACUGAUGAUUUCUCUAAGUUGGAAGAACUCAGGGAAUUACUUCGGAAAGCAGUGAAGGAACUGGAAGUUGCUCAAAUGAACAGCAUCCUUUUUGAAGAGAAAGCUCAAAAAAUAUCAGAAGCUGCAAUUGCUUUAACGGAUGAAGCGGAGAAUGCGUGGAGUCAAGUUAACUCAACCAUGGAGAUCGUGCAACGGAUGGCUAUUGAAGAGGCUGCUGCAAUGGAAGCAGUAAAGAAAGCAACCGAAGCUCUGUCAACAGCUGAAGCCAAGUUAAAUUUGGCAGUGGAUGCUGCAGAAGGUACUAAGUUAACAGACGAUGAAAGCAAAGGUAAUAGAGUGGCUGAAGAUGAAUUGUUACUAGCUUCAUCCAUUGACGCUGAGGUCACACCUGAUAAUGUUACCUUAGAUCAAUCAACGGAUGAAUCUGACAAGGUGAAUGAGAAAAAAACUGAUGGCAUGGUAGAAAUACCUUGGAUUAAAGAAAAAGAGGCGUUGAUACGGGCAAGGGAUGAUGUAAGGGAUUGUCAAGUUACUCUUGCUAGUUGCGAGGCAGCUCUUAGGCAGAUACAGAGCAGGAAAGAAGAGUUACAGAAGGAGGUAGAUCGUUUAAGUGAGGUUGCUGAAAAAGCUAGACAGAGGACUGUCCAAGCAGAGGAGGAUGUGGCAGAAAUUAUGCUUCAGGCUGAGCAGGCUGUUGCCAUUGAGCUAGAGGCAACUCAGCGUGUAAAUGAUGCAGAAAUCGCACUGCAAAAACUAGAGAAAUCCAUCUCUGAUAAUUCUCAAGCUAGUUCAGUUCAUACCGUUGAUGAUGUACCAUCAUCAAUGGUGGCGGUUUCAGAUUCCAGAUGUCAGCAAAAAGAUGUUGAGGAGGACUGUGGAACAGAAGAGGUAGUGGUCAUUGAUGAUGUUAAGAGUGACUCAGAGGAUUUUCAUAUCGAUGCCAUGUUGACUACUCCGUCUCAGACACCUGAAAUUGUGGAGAAAAGUGUAGAAAAAGAUGAAACACUGUCUACAUCUGAGGCUGGUGUUGAUUUUGGAGAGAGAAUGAAUGUGCAGGAGAUUGCUGAAAUUGAUGUUGAUGCCCAAAGAGAUGCAGAAAUAGAAGAUGAAAAAUCACGAAUUGUCUCUCUGAUGAAAAAGCAGGAAAUGACUAGUGAAAGCUCACCUUUCGGUACUAGACCAGAAUCUGCAGCUAUUGAAACUGAUGCUGCAAAGAGCACAGAGUUGGAAACUGAAAAGGCAAAGACACUUUUCCAGUCCAAAAAACAGGAUAUACCUAAAGAGACUACACCGCCCAAUGCCCCAAAAGCUUCGUUGAAAAAAUCUUCCCGCUUCUUUUCUGCAUCCUUUUUCUCAUUCAAGGAUGAUGAGGCAGCAUUUACUCCUGCCUCAGUUGUCCAUGGGUUUGUCACUACAGCACGAAAAGAACUGCCAAAAUUACUUGCUGGUUUGCUGUUUCUUGGGGUUGGGACUUUGUUUCUUGUUAUUCGCCUAGAGAGAAGUUCCCAGGUAAUUCAACAACCAGACAUGGUUGCAGGUCUUGAAGAGGUUACUUCAUCAGCGAAGCCUUUAGUACGACAGCUGAAAAGGUUUCCUAAGAGAGUGAAGAAACUAAUUGAUCAGUUACCACAUCAAGAGAUUAAUGAAGAAGAAGCUUCUCUUCUUGACAUGCUUUGGUUAUUGCUCGCAAGUGUUGUCUUUGUACCGAUGUUUCAGAAAAUUCCAGGGGGAAGUCCUGUGCUUGGCUAUUUAGCAGCUGGUAUCUUAAUCGGGCCAUAUGGCCUCUCUAUCAUCCGUCAUGUUCAUGGGACAAAGGCAAUUGCAGAGUUUGGUGUUGUUUUCUUGUUGUUUAACAUCGGGCUUGAGCUCUCUGUUGAAAGGCUUAGCUCAAUGAAAAAAUAUGUGUUCGGAUUAGGCUCUGCUCAGGUCCUUGCGACUGCAGUAGCGGUCGGCUUCAUUGCACAUUUUGCAUCUGGGCUGCCAGGUCCUGCAGCAAUUGUGAUUGGCAAUGGACUAGCAUUAUCUUCCACUGCUGUCGUACUUCAGGUUUUGCAAGAAAGAGGUGAAAGCACAUCACGUCAUGGGCGUGCAACCUUUUCUGUUUUACUUUUCCAGGACCUGGCUGUGGUUGUGUUGUUAAUACUGAUUCCUCUUGUCUCACCAAAUUCCUCAAAGGGAGGGGUUGGUUUUCAAGCUAUAGCAGAAGCCUUGGGGUUGGCAGCUGUGAAAGCAGUCGUUGCCAUUGCUGCAAUAAUAGUUGGAGGCCGUUUGUUUCUUCGUCCUAUCUAUAAGCAAAUUGCAGAGAAUCAAAAUGCUGAGAUAUUUUCUGCAAAUACUCUUCUUGUUAUUCUAGGCACAAGCCUCCUAACUGCAAGGGCUGGGCUUUCCAUGGCUUUGGGUGCAUUUUUAGCUGGUCUUCUCCUAGCAGAAACUGAAUUUUCUUUACAGGUUGAAUCUGACAUUGCUCCAUAUCGUGGCCUCUUGUUAGGUUUAUUUUUCAUGACGGUUGGCAUGUCUAUUGAUCCAAAACUUCUCAUAUCAAACUUCCCAGUGAUCACUGGGAUUCUCGCUCUCUUAAUUUUUGGUAAAACUAUAUUGGUAGCGUUAGUGGGGAGAGCUUUUGGGAUAUCAACGAUAGCCGCAUUAAGAGUUGGCCUCCUUCUUGCACCCGGUGGGGAAUUUGCAUUUGUAGCAUUUGGUGAGGCUGUUAAUCAGGGAAUAAUGCCUUCUCAACUUUCAUCUUUGUUAUUUCUGGUGGUUGGGAUUUCAAUGGCAUUGACACCAUGGUUGGCUGCUGGAGGGCAAUUGAUAGCUUCUAGGUUUGAGCAGCAUGACGUCCGGAGCUUGCUGCCUGUAGAAAGUGAGACUGAUGAUUUACAAGAUCAUAUCAUCAUAUGUGGCUUCGGACGAGUUGGUCAGAUCAUUGCGCAGCUGCUGUCUGAGAGGUUGAUUCCCUUUGUUGCACUUGAUGUGAGAAGUGACCGGGUUGCGGUUGGUCGUUCACUUGAUCUUCCUGUAUACUUUGGUGAUGCUGGAAGCCGAGAGGUCCUUCUCAAAGUUGGAGCUGAGAGGGCAUGUGCGGCUGCCAUUACUUUAGAUACUCCUGGUGCAAAUUAUCGGACAGUAUGGGCCUUGAGCAAAUAUUUUCCGAAUGUGAAAACAUUUGUUCGUGCUCAUGAUGUAGAUCAUGGCCUUAACUUGGAGAAAGCGGGAGCAACUGCGGUGGUGCCAGAGACAUUGGAGCCAAGUCUGCAGUUAGCAGCUGCCGUGCUUGCACAGGCAAAGCUUCCAAUGUCGGAAAUCGCUGCAACUAUUAAUGAAUUUAGGUCCCGCCAUCUUUCUGAGCUUGCAGAGUUGUGUGAAGCAACUGGGAGUUCACUGGGUUAUGGGUUCUCACGUAUGGGGACUAAAGCUAAACCUCAAUCUCUGGAUAGUGAUGAUGAUCGGGUCAUUGAGGGAACCUUGGCAAUUUGAUUACAAAUGCUGUUGGCAGAUCUGCAUCGAAUUUGUACAGUUAGUUCAUAUAGAAUGUACAAAAUUCCUGGGCAGUGAUCGUUUCUCUUCAUUUUUGACACAUUCAAUCUCCAUAAUUCUAAUAGUUCCUCCCAUGAUAGCAGAGUGGAAGUGAAGGAAUAAAGAAAAGACAAAGAACGUUGGCUGCCGGUGGAAUCAAAGAGGAACCUUUUUUCUUCAUCCUCUUUGUUUCUCUUUUUCCGUCUCUCCGUUCCUACCCUUUAAGGGUUCAUAUUAAAGGAAUGUAUUGUAUCACACGGAUGUGAUGAAUGCUAAAAUUUUCAUGAUUAUCAGUUCUUUUAUUGUGGGAUCACAAAUGCUUACAGAUUUCAGACACAUAGAAAAGCGUUCUUCAAUGAGAUUCAACUUUGAACUA